AAGUUCACAGGGCUCAUCUAUUCUAUCACAUGGCGGGUGAGAAGGAAAACAGGAACAGAAAAUCAUUCUCAAAAACACUUCCAGACGAUCAUCCAUCUUCCUGUGUAUUUACCUGCAAAGAUAUCCAAAAUACUGGACAGAUGCUAUAGAAAAAAAUCGAAUGUAGUUGCAGUUGGUUGUUAUAAGAUCAGAGGUUUCUGAAAUAAUCUAGUACUUCUGUAGUAUGUGGCGGGAGUUUCAAGUUUUUUUCUCGGUAAAGCGGUACACAGAUGCCGUUAGUAGCUGAUUCUUAUCGGCAUAUCCUUGCUUAAAAUGGCAGCUCUUGAUAGUACAACCGAGAUCAACUCAUUGCUCGAUAAGUGGAGUGCUGACGAUGAAGAAGGGAGAUCUCCUAUCGAGGCCUUGCGAAGGAUGGCUGACCUUGUAGAGGGGGAGAACGAAUCCUACCACAAAUUGGACCCAGAUCCCUUCGAUGACAGGCAUCCAGGUCGUGCUGACCCAGACUGCACACUUGGGCAUAUUUUGAAGGCUUUGUUCAAGAAUGAUGACUUCAUGAAUAAACUUGUCAACUCCUACAUUAUGAGUACAAGGGAGGAAUUUGAUUUAAACUGUAUGGCCUGUCGGCUAUUGUUGAACGUCAUGCCAGGCUUAGAGAGUGCCAUGGUGUUCCAGGAAACUGAAGGACUUCUUGCACGGCUGUUUUCAUGGGCAAAAGAUGCCAAGGAGCCUCUGAGGUCAUAUGCUGUUGGCCUUCUUGGAUUUGCUAUGGAAAGUCAGGAUGUUGCGGGCUCUUUCAGGGAUGAAAAUGCUGCUGUUGUUCCCAUGAUGUUACGGCGCCUUCACAUUCUCAAGGAUCUACAGGAUUUGAAACAACCAGCUAUUGAUGACAUCCAGAGCAGAGCAUUUUCCAAGACAAAAACAUCCAAAAUAAAGAAUGAAGGGAGCAGUACUAUCAGCUCAAAAUCAUCCACAGAAUCAUCUUCAGCAGGAAGCCCAAUCCCUAGAGUGAAAAUGACUCCCUCGUCUAAAAGCCAUCUGAGCCAGCUCAAAUCCAAAAGAAGUCGCUCUCCCAGUAGAACUAGCAAAAGGAGUUAUCAGUGUUCUCCUGUGUCAUUCUCAUUAUCCCCAUUGACACUGGCCAUGCAACAGCGUCUGAUUAUGCAGUACCUCACACCAUUAGGAGAAUAUCAAGAGCUCCUUCCAACAGUGUUCGAGCUGAAAGCUUUGGAUCUCAUCAUGCACUACAUUACAUUCAAAGGACAGGUGGACAUGUACUUAUCGUUUGAGGCACUAAAGUACCUUGCCUCUCUGUUGUGCCAUAAAAAAUUUGCCACUGAAUUUGUCACUCAUGCCCAUGUGCAGCGGUUGCUUGAGGUCCCUCGCCCUUCUGUUGCUGCAACAGGUGUUUCUAUGUGUCUCUAUUACUUGGCUUAUAAUGAAGACGCCAUGGAAAGGGUGUGUCUGCUCCCACACCCUGUUCUUAAUGACAUGGUCAAGUAUGCUCUCUGGUUGCUUGAGUGCUCACAUGACUCAGGACACUGUCAUGCUACUCUUUUCUUCUCUCUCACCUUCCCGUUCCGUGCUGUGCUUGAGUUUUUUGAUAAUGGAGAUGGCUUGCGCAAACUGAUUAACCUGUUAAGCACUCUACCAAUCCUUCGGGUUGAUGAAGCUGCUUUGUUAAGUGAUGAUGAGGUGUUCAGUAGCCGUCAGACCGUCAAGCAUGCCUGCAUGGCCCUGCGCAAGUACUUUGAGGCCCAUUUGAGUAUCAAGGCAGAUGCAUUGCGCAGAAAUCUAGCACGGCAGAAUGGGGGCACACCACCAAUUCCCAUACCAGCCUACAAGGCUGCAUCUCUGGACCAAGACAGUAUUCUAGAGAACACUGAUCUAAUGCUGGAGCAUAGAUACAUGACUUACCAGUGGAAACCACUCCAGAUUAUGAAAAAACUACAAGGAUUCACUCUGAUGCUACAAGUGGUAUCUCUGUCCUCUGAUUGGCGGGGCUAUAGCUGCAGGAGUGAUGUAACACGGCUUGCACUAGAGAUUCUUGCCGUGCUCACUGUAAGCCCUAUUGCCAUGGAAGCUCUGUGUGAUCAAAUACAGCUACCCUCUGGCGAGUCCCAGACGGGAAUGAGGCUGCUGCUACGAGCUGCGGAGGGUGACAUUGUUGCUGACUCUGACAUUCAGAAGUGGGGAUUACAUGUCAUCUGUAAUUGCGUCUGUGGUCCACGAGUCAGGGUUUCAGUAGCCAGGCAGAUGCAAAGUGGCAAGCUAUGCUGGAGCGGAAGACCAUCUGCUGACUCUGGAAUCAUUCCCAAGAUGUGGUCCUGCCUGCGCAAUGGUAACGGAAUCAAGGUGCUACUGAGCUUGCUGCUUGUCAAAACGCCGCUGGUUCACGCUGAUUCAAUGCGGGCUUUGGCGUGCAAGGCGCUGUGUGGGCUUUCUCGUAGUGACAAGAUUCGUCAAGUGAUUGGCAAGCUUCAGCUCUUCAAUAGUGGCCAGCUGCAAAUUCUGAUGCGAGAGCCUGUUCUUGAAGACAACAUAUCGGAUCAUCUGGUGUUCUGUAAAUACGCGGCAGAACUACUGGAGCGAGUGACGGGAAAGCCUCUUGGAAAUGCCACAUCAUCAAUCCCGUCUUUGUCUAGAAUAACUUUGGCUGGUGUCGUCGCUCAGACUCGAAUUUCAUACCCAGGAAAAGAGCUGUUACAACUCAUGUAUGACCACCUAAUGUGUAAAGGUUUGACAGAGACUGCAAAGGUGCUUCUCAGGGAAGCUGAUCUGCCUAACAACCGGUUGAUAGAAACUCCCCCUAAACUUGCUAAGAGACUUCAACCCCACCAAUCAGAAAAGCUCGCCACACCAGCACCAGUCUCCAGCCCACAGACCCCAACUCUUUCCAAGUACAGAUUUAGUGACCCUGGCACUCCUGCGGAAAAGCGCCUGUUACCAGACAUCAAGUCAGGCGCGGAGCGCCCACCGGCGCCCCCCACCCUGGACGAUAUUGUCACGCGGUUUCUUCGUGAUCAGCAUGCGCAGUGUAGCAAUCCUAUGUCGGCAUGCCCCCCUUUUUCGCUAUUAAGGCCACAUAAGUGUCCAGACCCCGAGUUCCGUCAUUACGCACCAAGUAACAUCACCACACGUCUGACCAGAAGAGAGGUGACCCCCAGACACGGAGGCUACAACGGCGCGCGAUUCAACCGCAAGUUCGUCUACAGCAAAUUCAAGCCUUUGCGCGGGAUGCGGGACUCAGAUGAGACAAGCAUGUUCACGUGUGUUGCCUUCAUGGAAGAUGGCAAGAACAUCAUAUUAGGGACUCAAAACGGCGAGUUGAAAAUGUUCAACAUCAUUUCAGGAGAGGAAGAAGCUUCUUACUCCUGUAAUAGUGCGGCGAUAUCCAUGUGUCAUCCCUCCAAGGAUGGUCAGUUCGCCUUGACUUCUUCACCGUUCGGAAUGCCUUCAUGUGCGCUUUGGAAUUUCGGCGAAAUUUUCGAAAUGAAGUUGUCUUUUCCAGAUGACCACUAUGUCAAGUUUGGGAAUUUGUCCGAAGCUCGGGUGAUCGGGACAGACGAGCAGACAGCACACAUCUACGACACGUCUACUGGCCAGCUCGUAGUGUCGCUAGCUGACCCAGCCAGUGCUAACCACUACUCCAAGAACGUGGCGACCUUCAACCCGACAGACGACUUGGUGCUCAGUGAUGGGGUGCUCUGGGACGUCCGGGGGAAACGCCUCAUCCACAAGUUCGACAAGUUCAAUAACUUCGUCAGUGGGGUAUUUCAUCCAUCUGGGCUAGAGAUCAUUAUCAAUUCUGAGAUCUGGGAUUUACGAUCCUUCCACUUGCUUGACACGUGCCCUUCAUUGGACCAGUGUCACGUGAUCUUCAACAACGGCGGUGACGUCAUAUAUGGAAUAAAGCACCUUCCAGACACGGAAGAAAACAUGAUGAGCCAACGUGUCCUUGGCCCGUUUGAAUCUUCAUUCCGAACAUUUGAUUCCACGGAUUAUCAGCCAAUCGCUACAAUUGAUGUGAAGAAGACAAUUUUUGACUUGCAAUCGCAUCCAACUGAUUCCAUUGUUGCCGUCAUCGAGCAAAACCAACCAACAAGUUCAGCAGACGAGAGUGUUUGCCGUCUUUACGAAGUUGGGAGAUCCAGGAGGUUCGAUCAGGAGGAAGAGGAGUCCGAUGAAGGAGAGGAUGACGAUGGAGAUGACGAGGACGACGACGACGAUGAUGAUGUUGAUGAUGACAUUGAUGAUGAUGAUGAUGACAUGGAUGAUGAUGAUGAUGACGACCUUCUUAAUGAACAAGAUUCGGCGUCUGACGAAGACGACAUUAUCAUCACAUUUUAAAGAUGCCUCACCAUGAAUGCGACGAACUACCAUGAACCUACAAAUGAUAUAUUAUAUUUAUCUAAUGAAAUGAGAAAUAAAUAUUUUACCCAUCUUA